AUGUUUUACGACCUCAAUGUCGACUAUAAUCCGUCGACCAGCGAUGCUGAUCUAUCCAAGACUCUGGCCUUCCUCAGCGANAUGCUGCCAUCAGAUCUCGUCAGUAUCAAUUGGCAUAUUCUGUUGUUGACAAAGCUAAGAGCCAACAGNUCCUGUGUCAUUCCUGACCCUUUACCAUUCAAGACGCCAGCUUCUUUGACCAUUCUGCGUCGCUGCACUCUGAUCUUGUCCGAAUCGGCCACCAACAACCGCCUAGGCGCACUGGCGAACAACUACGACAUCCUCGCCUUGCGUCCCGUUGACGAAAAGACCUUCCAGCAUGCCUGCAGCACCGCUGAUUGCGAUCUAAUAUCUCUCGACCUCACCCAACGCUUGGGUUACCACUUCAAAUUCAAGACUGUCUCCGAGGCUGUCAAGCGCGGUGUCCGCUUCGAAAUCGCAUACAGCCAGCCCUUACUCGCCGAUCCUGCUGCCAAACGAAACCUGAUCAGCAAUGCGACCGGCUUGAUCCGCGCAACCAGAGGUGGUCGUGGUAUAAUAAUCAGUAGCGAGGCCACCAAGGCUGUUGGCUGCCGUGCUCCUUGGGAUGUUGUCAAUCUUGCUGCCAUCUGGGGACUGGCUCAAGAUCGCGGCUACGAAGCUGUCAGCAAAGAGGCUCGGAGUGUUGUUGUCAGCGCCAAGUUGAAGAGAACCAGCUUCAGAGGCGUGGUGGAUGUUGUAUAUGGAGGCGAAAAGCCUGCAGCCAAAGAGCAGCACGAGAAGCAGGGCCAGAAGGAUAAAUCCAAGGUUGCUCUUCUCAAGGACAACGGUGCGAAGAAGAGAAAGGCCGAUGAGGUCGAAGACACCACAACAGAUGGCUCAGAAAAGCCCAUCUCAAAGCGAGAGCANAAGAGAAGGGCUCUCAAGGCUAAGCAGGAGAGCCUAGGUCAAACUACAGCUCCCGCGCCGUGA